AUGGAAAUAGCAAUAGUUGGUAACAGUGAAGAAAAGAGAAUGAGGGAUGUAUACGAUGCAUCACAAAAUGGCUCUGAGUCAACUUUGAAAACACUACUCCAGCAAGACUCAUUGAUCUUGCACAGACUAUCCUCACGAAGAACCCUCCUUGAAACUCCCUUGCACAUAUCGGCUUUACUCGGCCACCUUGAAUGUACCAGAACCCUUCUUGCUCACUGUUCCCAACUCGCCCUUGAGUUGGACUCAUUUCAAAGCACACCUCUUCACUUGGCUUCUCCACAGGGCCACAUCCACAUUGUGAGCGAACUGUUGCUAGCUCGUGGAGAGGCAUGCUUGGUUCGUGACCAAGAACACAGAAUCCCUCUGCACUGUGCUGUUAUAAGAGGAAGAAGAGAGGUUGUGUUGGAGCUGAUUAGAGCAAAGCCAGAGUCUUUGAGGUUGCAUGAUGACAAAGGGAAAAAUAUUUUCCACUUAUGUGUGAUGCACAACCACUUGGAGAUCCUUGAAGAUUUGGUGGCUUUGGAUACUCAUGACACCAAUAAGCUGCUCACUGAGGGAGACUCGGAUGGCAACAACAUCCAUUUUUCAUUUGGCUAUCGUGUUGAAGCAAGUUCAGACUGUGAGUUACCUUAUUUCAAUUCCAAAGAUAAGAUUAGAAGCAUCGAACUUAAAGAACGACAUGGUUUAUACUGCUGCCGAUAUUGUUCAUCGAAUUCCCAGAGACUCCAAGAGCUUUGA